AAUCUUAAAUGAAUAACGAAUGCAUGUCCAUGUUUUAUUGCAGCUAAUUUCUUAAUCUGAAAUUUUAAGGAUGGCCCAUCAUCUAGGGCGGAGAAAGCGUUAUUUUACAAACCAUCUUCAUGACUUCGACACUAAGCUCACAAAAGAAGCUAUACAAUCGAACUACAAAUCAGACAUUAUUCAAGAGAUUGACAAUAUAGUAGGGCUGAUAGUGUCACGUGUUAAAGCAGAUCCAAGAGCUGAAGAUGGUGGUCUGUAUGUUGGAUUAUCUGGAAUUGCUUACGGCUUGUUCUACACGUCACAGUCCUCCCAUCUCACUGAUGAAUCCAGAGAGUUGUGUCGCACCACAGCCUGCAAAUACUUGGAGGCAUCUCUGGAAUACUGCCGUAAGAAAUCGGAAACUAAAAACUGUACAGGUGCAGCAUUUUUACUGGGACAUCUUGGGGUAUACGCCUUUGCUGCUGUGUUCUAUGAACGGACAGGCGACACUGCAAAAUCGGAAGAGUAUGUUAAACAGUUUGUUUCUCUUCACAAGAUGUGUAAACCAGUAGACUUCUUAGCUUGUGGAGGAGAUGAACUGUUAGUGGGACGUGCUGGAUACCUCUGUGGAGCUCUCUACCUUCAACAAGAACUGGGAGAGGAUAUCAUACCCAGCAAUGUUAUUCAGUCUAUCGUUACCUCCAUUAUACAGUCAGGAAGAGCUAACGCAGCUAAGCUAAACUCUCCAAGUCCCCUAAUGUACAGUUACUACGACAGUCUUUACCUGGGAGCUGCACACGGUCUCUCAGCAAUAUUACAGAUGCUGCUGGCUUACUCCAAGUACCUGGACAGUGAAGCUAUGAAGGACGUUACAGCAGCUUGUUAUUGUUUGUUGAGUUGUGAAACAGAGAAUAAUAAUUACCCAGCUUGUUUGAAUGAGAAUCGUGAUCAUCUGUGGCAUUGGUGUCAUGGAUCCCCUGGGGUUAUAUACUUUCUCAUCAAAGCUAGCCUUGAGUUGAAGGAUAAGAAGUUUGGGGAUGCAGCUUUAAGAGCAGGUGGUGACAAUCUUUGGAAACACGGCUUACUUCUGAAGGGACCGGGCAUUUGUCACGGUGUUGCAGGGAGUGGUUAUGCAUUCCUGGCUUUGUAUCGGGCUACUGGGCACCUCAAACAUUUAUAUCGGGCUCACCAAUUCGGCCAGUUCAUGUUUACAGAAGAGUUUACUGCUGAAGCUAGAAAUCCUGACUGCCCGUUCUCUCUUUAUGAGGGAUGGGCCGGGACACUUUGUUUUUUGGUUGAUUUAUUGGACCCUGAAAAUAGUGCUUUCCCCUUCUUUAAUGUUUUUAAAUGAAAACCACAAGUAAUGCUUGCGACUAAAAUUUUCUUGUGACAAGCAUAUUAAUGCUGAAGAUAACCAAUUAUGAUGUGUUUUAUCUUUUAUUGUACAGAAACAUAUAUAAUAUUAUGUAUAAUAUAUAUAUAAUAUGAUAUUGUUGUGUGUAAUUACUAAAUUAUUUUGACCUC